GUGUUCGAUUCCAGCUUUAGGUCACCGCAGACUAUAACUGCCCACCGUCGUAACUUCCAAGCCAGGAGUAAAGCCUAGCAUGUUCCAUCAAGAGACUGGCACUGCAAAAUAAUAUUAAAGAAACAACAAAUUUUAAGACGAAAGAACGAAACGUGCUCGUAUAAACCGCGAAUCUUUCUUUCUAUUACUAAUCCCCAAAAAAAUAAAAAAUAAAAGUAACACAAGCCUUCAAUUGAAUUCCUCUCUUUUACAUUUCAGGAGAUGCUACUAGGAAUUUAUAUAAUAACUGGAUAGAAAACGGUGAUACGAUAAUCGAAUUAUCGGCGGCAAGAUGUUGGAGGAUCAGGUGGCGUAUCUGCUGCAGAGGUACUUAGGGAAUUAUGUCAGGGGACUUAAUAAAGAAGCUCUCAAGAUCAGUGUUUGGCAAGGUGAUGUAGAGCUAACAAAUAUGCAACUGAAGCCAGAGGCACUAAAUGCGUUACAGUUGCCUGUGAAGGUUAAAGCAGGGUUUCUUGGAUCAGUAAAGCUUAAGGUUCCAUGGAGUAGGCUUGGCCAAGAUCCAGUUUUGGUUUACCUGGAUCGAAUUUUUUUAUUAGCAGAACCAGCGACUGAAGUUGAGGGGCAUAGUGAAGAUGCAGUCCAGGAAGCAAAGAAAAGCCGAGUGCGGGAAAUGGAAAUGAAGUUGUUGGAGAGGGCACAACGACUGAAGUCAGAAAUGAAUAAAUCGUGGUUGGGGUCACUUAUCAACACUAUAAUUGGGAACUUGAGGCUUUCAAUUUCAAAUAUCCAUAUUAGAUAUGAAGAUGCAGAGAGCAACCCUGGCCACCCCUUUGCAACGGGUAUAACUUUGGGGAAACUCUCAGCUAUUACGGUUGAUGAUAAUGGGAUGGAAACUUUUGUAACCGGUGGUACACUAGAUCGCAUUCAGAAGUCUGUCGAACUUGAUCAACUUGCUCUUUAUCUGGAUUCUGAUAUAUCACCAUGGUAUGUUGACAAACCAUGGGAGGACUUGCUUCCUUCAGAGUGGGUUCAGGUUUUCAGGUUUGGUACAAACAAUGGUAAACCAGCCAAUCGUAUAAUGAAAAAGCACUCGUACAUUCUUCAGCCAGUGACUGGGAAUGCAAAAUAUUCAAAGUUGCGGUCAAAUGACUCUGAUAAUGGUGGUCAACCUCUACAGAAAGCAGCAGUGAACUUGGAUGAUGUGACACUCUGUUUGUCAAAGGAUGGAUACAGGGAUAUUUUAAAAUUAGCUGAUAACUUUGCUGCAUUUAAUCAACGCUUAAAAUAUGCACAUUAUCGCCCAGUUGUGUCGGUGACAUCUAAUCCACGGUCGUGGUGGAAGUAUGCCUUCAAAGCUGUUUCUGACCAGAUGAAGAAGGCAAGUGGGAAAUUGUCCUGGGAGCAAGUACUAAGAUAUGCAAGGUUACGCAAGAAAUAUAUAUCAUUGUAUGCCUCUUUGCUGAAGUCUGACCCUAGCCGGGCGAUAAUUGAUGACAACAAUGAAAUUGAGGAGCUGGAUUGUGAACUUGAUAUUGAACUCAUACUACAGUGGAGGAUGUUGGCUCACAAGUUUGUGGAGCGAUCAAUAGAAUCAGAGCUUUACUCGAGGAAACAGAAAGCUCAGAAAUCAUGGUGGUCAUUUGGAUGGAACAGUCAAUCUCUUAAAGGUGAAAGUGAAGAAUUUCAUUUUAAUGAUGAGGACUGGGAGCAAUUGAACAAAUUGAUAGGCUAUAGGGAAAGUGAUGAUGAGCAAUCAAUAUUGUUCAACCAGAGUAUGGAUGCUCUUCAUACUCAUUUAGAGGUUCACAUGCAACAUAAUGCUUCAAAGCUCGUUGAUGGAUCCCAUGAGUCUCUUGCUGAAUUAUCAUGUGAUGGCCUUGAUUGCUCCAUUAAGCUUUUUCCCGAAACAAAGGUUUUUGACAUGAAAUUAGGGUCAUAUCGGUUAUCAUCACCAAAUGGUCUUCUUGCUGAGAGUGCAAGUGCUUUGGACUCUUUGACCGGUGUCUUCUGCUAUAAACCUUUUGAUGCUAAGGUGGAUUGGAGCAUGGUUGUCAAAGCUUCUCCAUGUUACAUGACUUAUUUGAAGGAUUCCAUUGAUGAGAUCAUCAAAUUUUUUGAAAGCAACCAUGCUGUUAGUCAGACUAUUGCUCUGGAAACAGCAGCUGCUGUGCAGAUGACAAUUGAUGGAGUCAAGCGCACUGCUCAGCAGCAAGUGAACAGAGCAUUGAAGGAUCAAUCAAGGUUUCUGUUGGAUUUGGAUAUUGCGGCUCCAAAGAUUACAAUUCCAACCGAAUUUCGUCCUAACAACAUUCAUUCAACAAAACUUAUGCUAGACUUGGGAAAUUUGGUGAUACGCUCGCAGGAUGACUAUGGAAGCAGAGCAUCUGAGGAGCUCGAUUUGUAUUUGCAGUUUGAUUUGGUGUUAAGUGAUAUGUGUGCUUUUUUGGUUGAUGGCGACUAUCACUGGAGUCAAACCUCUUUGCACCAGUCUCUUGAAUCUGGCCGAUCAAGUGGGAUUAGUUUCUUGCCUGUUGUUGACAAGUGUGGGGUAAUCUUAAGGCUCCAGCAGAUUCGGCUAGAAAACCCAUCCUAUCCUUCAACAAGACUCUCUGUGCGGUUGCCAUCAUUAGGGUUUCACUUUUCUCCUGCGCGAUAUCAUCGAUUGAUGCAAGUAGCAAAGAUCUUUCAGGAUGAUGAUGCUGAGAAUUUCAAUCUUAUUCGACCUUGGGAUCAAGCAGAUUUUGAGGGGUGGUUAUAUCUUCUUGUCCGAAAGGGAAUGGGAAAUAGGGAAGCUGUAUGGCAGCGGCGUUAUCUUUGUUUAGUUGGGCCUUUUCUUUAUAUACUGGAAAAUCCUGGUUCUAAAUCUUACAAGCAGUAUCUCAGCUUACGAGGAAAACAAAUAUAUCAAGUUCCAGAAGAAUUGGUUGGUGGUGUGCAGCUUGUAUUGUCUAUCUGUGAUGCUGGUCAUCAAAUUAAUAAGGUUGUAGAAGAUGUGAAUGCAUUAAUACUACGAUGUGAUUCAGAUGAUUUGCUGAAAAAUUGGCAAAGCCGCUUGCAAGGGGCCAUAUAUCGUGCUUCAGAUUCUGCACCUAUUAUUAGUCUUUCAGAAACUUCAUCAGAUGCUGAUGACUCUGAAAUGGAACUUAAUGACAAACUCGAGGCAAGUAAUAUUUCGACAAUGGAGCGUGUGUUUCUUACUGGAGUUCUUGAUGAAUUAAAGAUCUGCUUCAAUUACAGUGGUCGGCAUGACCUGAGUUUUGUAAAGAUGCUUCUUGCUGAAGAAAAUCCUUUGUUUGAGUUCCGAGCAAUAGGUGGCCAGGUUCAAUUAUCAAUUAGAGCAAAUGACAUGUUCAUCGGUACUGUUCUAAAAUCUUUGGAGAUUGAAGAUUUAGUUUGUGCCAGAAACAUUUCUCAGCCUUCUUUCCUGGCAAGAUCAUUCAUCCGAAUUGAAGAUGGGAAUUCAUCCCUUGAUGAUACUCAGAGCUCUGACAACAAUAAUUUAACUCCUAGUGAAGGCGAGGAUAAGUUCUACGAGGCAUCAGAAAAUUUGGUUGACCCUGAUCUGGCUUUUCAAAAUCCACUUCCAUUUGAAACUGCAUUAUUGAAGCCUCCUAAUUUUGGUCGAAUUGCUGGUUUACUACCUGGUGACACUGUUCAAAACAAGAUGGAGGACAUUGAACUAACUAAUGAUUUGGAUAGUUUUGUGAAAGCUCAGAUAGUUAUCUAUGAUCACAACUCUUCUCUGUACAGUAACAUUGAUAUGCAGGUCUCAGUGACACUGGCUACAUUGUCAUUUUACUGCCGCAGACCCACAAUUCUUGCCAUCAUGAAAUUUGUGAAUACUAUCAAUUUGGAUGAUGGAAAUAGUGGAUCUCUCAGUGAUAGUAAUUCAGCAACAGUUGUUAAACAUGGCAAUUGUACAGAAAACGUGGUUGGUGGUCAAUAUCUGACAACGAGUGAGGAGUCUGUUGUUAAGGGUUUGCUGGGGAAGGGAAAAUCCAGAAUUAUAUUCAAUCUGAUAUUGAAUAUGGCUCGUGCUCAGAUUUUGUUAAUGAAUGAAAAUGAAACGAAGCUAGCUUCAUUAUCCCAGGAUAAUUUACUUACAGAUAUCAAGGUCUUUCCAAGCUCUUUUAGUAUAAAGGCAGCUCUUGGGAAUCUCAGAAUAAGUGAUGAAAGUCUUCCUGUUAACCAUGCAUAUUUUUGGAUCUGUGAUAUGAGAGAUCCUGGGGGCAGCUCAUUUGUCGAGCUGGUUUUUACUUCAUUCAGUGUUGACGAUGAAGACUAUGAGGGUUAUGAAUAUAGCCUUUUUGGGCAGCUUUCAGAAGUCCGGAUUGUCUAUUUGAACCGUUUUGUGCAGGAGGUUGUUAGUUACUUUAUGGGUCUUGCUCCCAAUAACUCAAAGGGUGUAGUUAAGUUGAAAGAUCAAAUUACAAAUUCUGAGAAGUCAUUUACUACCAGUGAGAUUGAGGGAUCUCCUGCUCUGAAGUUGAAUCUUUCACUCAGGAAGCCAAUAAUUUUGAUGCCUAGGAGAACCGACAGUCCCGAUUACUUGAAACUUGAUGUGGUUCACAUAACCGUACAGAAUACCUUUCAUUGGUUUUGUGGUGGUAAAAAUGAGGUGAAUGCUGUCCACUUGGAAACAUUAACGAUUCAGGUUGAGGACAUCAAUUUGAAUGUUGGUUCUGGAACAGAAUUGGGUGAAAGCAUAAUUAAAGAUGUUAAGGGGGUUUCUAUUGGCAUUCAAAGGUCACUCCGAGACUUGUUGCAUCAAGUACCAAGUAUAGAAGCUUCAAUUAAGAUAGAAGAAUUAAGAGCGGCUCUGUCGAAUAGGGAGUACCAGAUUGUUACUGAAUGCACACUAUCUAAUAUGUCUGAGACUCCACAUGCUGUUCCCCCAGUGAAUCAUGAUUCUGAGGCAUCUUCUGCUGAUAUGAUAGAACCUGUUGAUUCUCAGGAUGCAGUUUCUGUUGAAUCUGAGGCCGAGAAUGGGGAGUCAUGGAUUUUAAUGAAAGUUUCUGUUCUUAUUAGUCUAGUUGAGUUGAGCCUACAUACUGGAUUAGCCAGAGAUGCAUCUCUGGCCACAUUACAGAUUGCUGGUGCAUGGCUUCUGUACAAGUCUAAUAACCUUGGGGACGGUUUUCUCUCAGCAACACUUAAGGGCUUCACUGUGAUUGAUGAUCGGGAGGGAACAGAAGAGGAAUUUAGAUUGGCAAUAGGGAAGCCUGAGAAUAUUGGUUAUGGCCCCCUUCCCUCCCUAACUGAUUAUGAAAACCCGCAUUUAUUUAAUGAACAUUUAAAAAAUGAUAGCAAGAUCGAACCAACUCCUACAAUGCUUAUACUGGAUGCUAAAUUUGGUGAACACUCAACUUUUAUUUCUCUCUGUGCUCAACGGCCGCAACUACUUGUUGCACUUGAUUUUCUUCUGCCUGUUGUUGAGUUUUUUGUUCCUACUCUGGGUAGUACAAUGUCAAAUGAAGAAGAUAACCCCAUACAUGUGGUUGAUGCAAUUACUUUGGAUAACUCAAUCCAUAGGCAAACCUCUGCUGAAAUCUCACUCUCUCCACUGAGACCAUUAAUUGUUGACAGUGAGAGAUUUAACCAUUUCAUUUAUGAUGGCCAAGGUGGAAUAUUACAUUUAAAAGACAGACAGGGACAUAAUCUCUUUGCACCCAGCAAGGAAGCUAUUAUAUAUGUGGGAAGUGGGAAAAAAUUGCAAUUCAAAAAUGUUAUCAUCAAGAAUGGGAAAUUGUUGGAUUCUUGUAUUUCAUUGGGAAGCAAUAGUAGCUACCUUGCUUCAAGGAUUGAUCAGGUCCAUCUGGAGGAAGAUGACGAACUCUCAUAUUUGGAUUCCUCUGGAGAAAGAAAAAGUGAUGUACAUACUGAAAAUACUGCAGUUGACAGAUCCACAGAAUUCAUCAUUGAGUUUCAGGCUAUUGGUCCAGAGCUAACUUUCUAUAGUACAUGCCAAGAUGUGGGAAUGUCACCGAUCAUCUCCAACAAACUCUUACAUGCACAGUUGGAUGCGUUUGCCAGGCUUGUUUUGAAGGGCGAUACUAUGGAAAUGACUGCAAAUGCACUUGGUUUAAUGAUGGAGAGUAAUGGAAUCAGGAUUUUGGAGCCUUUUGACACCUCCGUGACCUUUUCAAAUGCUUCUGGGAAGACUAACAUUCAUUUAUCUGUUUCAAAUAUAUUUAUGAAUUUUACAUUCAGCAUCUUGAGACUGUUUAUAGCCAUUGAAGAAGACAUUUUGGCUUUUCUGAGGAUGACCUCAAAGCAGAUAACAGUUGCCUGUUCUGAGUUUGACAAAGUUGGAAUAAUAAGAAAUCCAUGCAAUGACCAAAUAUAUGCAUUUUGGAGACCUCGUGCACCACCUGGCUUUGCGGUUCUUGGUGACUAUCUGACUCCACUGGACAAGCCACCUACAAAAGGAGUUCUUGCUGUGAAUAUGAACUUUGCAAGAAUCAAGAGACCUAUGUCCUUCAAACGAAUUUGGCCCCCAUUAGAUUCUGAGGAAAUGUCUGAUCAAGCUGUAACCAGCUCUAGCUUUCUACAAAAUGGCCCCAAAUUGGAUGUUAGCUGUUCCCUUUGGUUUCCUGAAGCACCCAAAGGCUAUGUUGCAUUGGGCUGUGUGGUGUCCACAGGAAGAACACAGCCACAUCUGUCCUCUGCCUUUUGCAUCCUAGCCUCUCUAGUUUCUCCUUGUCCCUUGAGGGAUUGUAUCACCAUAAUCUCUACUAAUCAUUAUCCGUCGACUUUGGCCUUCUGGCGUGUGGAAAACUCUUUUGGUACUUUCUUGCCAGCAGACCCAAAAACUCUUAGCUUAAUAGGUGGAGCUUAUGAAUUGCGCCAUAUAAAAUAUGGGCUUCCAGAAUUUUCUUCCAGGACAUCUGAAAUUUCAGAUUUACAAACUUUAUCUGGUGAUGUGGAUGAACUGCAAUCAAAAAACUCAACUUCUCUAAACUCUGGUCGGCAUUUUGAAGCUGUCGCUAGUUUUCAGUUGAUAUGGUGGAAUCGGGCUUCAAGCUCAAGGAAGAAACUAUCCAUAUGGCGUCCAGUAGUCGCUCAUGGCAUGGUGUAUUUUGGUGAUAUUGCUGUUAAAGGGUAUGAGCCUCCUAAUACAUGUAUUGUCCUUCAUGAUACUGGAGAUCAAGAUCUCUUCAAAGCGCCUUUGGAUUAUCAACUUGUUGGGCAGAUUAAGAAACAAAGGGGAAUGGAUAGCAUUUCUUUCUGGAUGCCACAAGCCCCCCCGGGCUUUGUUUCAUUGGGCUGCGUUGCAUGUAAGGGAUCUCCAAAACUAUAUGAUUUCAGCAAAUUAAGAUGCAUGCGCAGUGACAUGGUUGCUGGGGAUCAGUUCUUAGAGGAAAGUGUAUGGGAUACAUCUGAGGCCAAGUCUACGAGGGAACAAUUUAGCAUAUGGACAGCUGGCAACGAAUUAGGGACAUUUAUUGUUCGCAGUGGUUUUAAAAGACCUCCAAGAAGAUUUGCUCUAAACUUAGCAGAUCCUAGCUUACCUAGUGGUUCAGAUGAUACUGUCAUUGAUGCGGAGAUUGGAACCUUUUCCACAGCCAUUUUUGACGAUUAUGGUGGCUUGAUGGUUCCAUUGUUCAACAUAUCUCUAAGUGGAAUAGGGUUCAAUUUGCAUGGAAGAACUGGUUACUUAAACUCUACUGUCAGCUUCUCAUUGGCUGCAAGAUCAUAUAAUGAUAAGUAUGAAUCAUGGGAGCCACUUGUUGAGCCAGUCGAUGGAUUUGUAAGAUACCAAUAUGAUCUUAACGCACCAGGGGCAGCUUCACAGCUACGACUGACCUCAACAAGGGAGUUGAACUUAAAUGUUACUGUAUCUAACGCUAAUAUGAUUAUUCAAGCUUAUGCAAGCUGGAAUAAUCUUAGUCAUGUGCAUGAAUAUUACAAAAAUAGAGACGAGUUUCCUUCAAUUUACGGUGCAAGAUCUGUGAUUGAUGUGCAUCAGAAGAGAAAUUAUUUUAUUGUCCCACAAAAUAAGCUUGGUCAGGACAUUUUUAUUCGGGCAACUGAAAUGUUGGGCCGGUCAAAUAUAAUAAGGAUGCCCUCUGGGGAUAUAUUGCCUUUGAAAGUUCCUGUUUCAAAAAAUAUGUUGGAGUCUCACUUGAAAGGAAAACUUUGUGCUAAAGUUAGAAAAAUGGUGACUGUUAUCAUAGUGGAUGCACAGUUCCCAAGAGACGGAGGGUUGACUUCUAAUUUCUACACUGUAGCAAUCCGUCUAACUCCAAAUCAGGUUGUGGGUGGUGAAUCACUGUAUCAUCAACAAAGUGCACGCACAAGUGGAAGCAUCUCAAACUCUUCUUCUUCCGAGCUUGAAUUGGUCAACUGGAAUGAAAUAUUUUUUUUUAAAGUUGACUGCCCGGAUAAUUACUUGUUGGAACUUAUUGUCACUGACAUGGGAAAAGGUGGUCCGGUUGGAUUUUCUUCAGCUCCUUUGAAUCAGAUUGCAGUAAAAAUCCAAGAUAGCUUUACUCAGUCUGAUUAUCUGAACUAUUUGACUUGGAUAGACUUAGCCCCUGCAAAAUCUAGGACUGCGAAUCUAGGAGAGGAACAUAGUAAGGCAUCUGGAAGAAUAAGAUGUUCUGUAUUCUUAUCACCUGGAUCUGAAGCUGAGGACAGAUAUGAGUAUUUUGUUGGUGACAGAAAACCUGGAUUUAUUCAGAUUAGUCCUGGCAUGGAAGGGCCCUGGACUACUGUGAGACUAAAUUAUGCUGCACCUGCUGCUUGCUGGCGACUGGGCAAUGAUGUUGUUGCCAGUGAAGUAGGUGUAAAGGAUGGAAAUAGAAAUGUGACAAUAAGGUCUCUGGUUUCAGUACGUAACAGUACAGAUUUUAUACUUGAUUUGCACCUUGUAUCCAAGGCUUCCAGUGAUGCAAGUAAAUCUGGAGAAUUACACAGUGAUGGUAGAACUCAGACGGAUGAGUUCUUUGAAACUGAAAUCUACAAACCAAAUGCUGGUUGGGUUGGCUGCUCAAAUCUCUCAGAUGCUAGCGGUUGCCAUGAGGCUGUUUUUGGAGUGGAGUUGCCUUCAGGCUGGGAAUGGAUUGAUGAUUGGCAUUUGGAUACUUCAUCUGUCAAUACUUCUGAAGGUUGGGUUCAUUCUCCGGAUGCUGAAAGGCUGAAGUGGCCCGAGUCAUUUGAUCCUAUGAAGUUUGUGAAUCAUGCUAGGCAAAGGAGAUGGAUCAGGAACCGAAAGCAAAUUUCCGGGGAAGUAAAGCAAGAAAUAUCUGUUGGAUCAGUUAAACCUGGAGAUACUUUACCUCUUCCUUUAUCAGGCAUAACACAAUUUGGAAUGUAUAUCUUGCAAUUAAGACCUUCUAGUCAUAAUACUUCUGAUGGACAUUCCUGGAGUUCUGUGGUAGAGAGGCCUGGUCAAACUGUGGAAAAUGGCAACUCAAAAGGUUCUGGAAUAUGCAUAUCGAAUCUCACAGAGCGCGAGGAACUUUUAUGCUGCACCCAGAUAAGUGGUACCUCUUCAAAUUGUUCUCACAGAACGUGGUUUUGUGUAAGCAUACAAGCUACAGAGAUUGCAAAAGACAUGCAUUCUGAUCCUAUUCAGGAUUGGAGUCUUGUGGUCAAAUCCCCAUUAUCUCUCAGCAAUUAUCUUCCCCUUGCUGCUGAAUACUCUGUUCUUGAAAUGCAAGCUACUGGUCAUUUUGUUGCAUGUGCUAGGGGAAUAUUUUCUCCAGGAAAGACUCUGAAGAUUCAUACUGCCGACAUAGGAAAGCCUUUGUUCCUUUCUCUGCUACCACAGAGUGGGUGGCUGCCAAUACAGGAAGCUGUUCUUAUAUCUCAUCCUAGUGGACUACCAUCUAAAACAAUAAGCUUAAGAAGUUCAAUUUCCGGAAGGAUUGUUCAACUCAUUCUUGAACAAAAUUAUGAUAAUGAACGACCGCUGCUGACAAAGAUUAUUAGAGUCUAUGCCCCUUAUUGGUUGUCAGUAGCCAGAUGCCCUCCACUUUCAUAUAGACUUGUAGAUCUGGCAAGGAAAAAACAUGCUCGGAGGAUAGCUCCUUCAUUUGAAUCCAAAAAUAGCAAUGAAGUAAUUCUUGAGGAAAUUACAGAAGAGGAAAUAUUUGAAGGCUAUACAAUUGCUUCUGCUUUGAAUUUCAAUAUGUUAGGCCUUUCAGUGUCAAUUGCUCAAAGUGGCGUGGACCAGCAAUUUGGGCCUGUUACAGAUCUUUCUCCCCUUGGUGACAUGGAUGGGUCACUGGAUCUCUAUGCUCAUGAUGCUGAUGGUAACUGCAUAAGGCUAUUUGUUUCUGCAAAACCAUGUCCCUACCAAUCUGUCCCUACUAAGGUAAUUUCUGUGCGACCAUACAUGACUUUUACAAACAGACUCGGUCAAGAUAUAUUUAUCAAGUUACACAGUGGUGAUGAACCAAAAAUUCUUCAUGCAUAUGAUUCGAGAACCUCCUUUGUAUAUCACGAAGGUGAAACUGAUAAACUCCAGGUUCGGCUAGAAGACACAGAAUGGUCGUACCCUGUUCAAAUUACAAAAGAGGACACCAUCUUUCUGGUUUUGAGGAGAUUGAAUGGUACUCGAAAUAUUUUGAGGACAGAAAUAAGGGGCUAUGAGGAAGGAUCACGGUUUAUAGUUGUGUUUCGCCUUGGAUCGACUGAUGGUCCUAUCAGGAUUGAGAACAGGAUACCUAGCAAGAUGAUAAGCAUUCGCCAAACAGGAUUUGGUGAUGGUGCAUGGAUUAUUUUGGAACCACUAUCAACAACGAACUUUUCUUGGGAUGAUCCAUAUGGCCAAAAAUUCAUUGAUGCCAAAAUAGAUUUUGAUGGUAGUAUUGGUGUUUGGAAAUUUGAUUUGGAAAGGCCUGGGAUUUCUUCUAUAGAGAAUGAAGAAACAGGAUUGCAGUUUCAUGUUGUGGAUUUGGGAGAUAUAAAAGUAGCUAGGUUUAGAGAUAAUAGCAGUUUAACAUCACAUGGAGAAAGCACAUCUCUAAGACCUUCAGGCUAUUUGGAAAAUUCUAGGGGGCAUACUGAAAGGGAUAAUAACAUCACACCUAUAGAGCUUAUAGUCGAACUGGGAGUGGUUGGGAUUUCUGUUGUGGAUCAUAGACCAAAAGAGCUCUCUUACUUGUACUUGGAAAGAGUGUUCAUAUCGUUCUCGACUGGCUAUGAUGGUGGGAAAACAAGCAGGUUCAAGCUCAUACUGGGUUAUCUGCAACUUGACAAUCAGCUUCCUCUAACCUUGAUGCCAGUGCUGUUGGCGCCUGAGCAGAUCACUGAUAUGCAUAAUCCAGUUUUUAAGAUGACUAUAACACAACACAAUGAGAACGCUGAUGGCAUCCUAGUUUAUCCAUAUGUAUAUGUGCGGGUGACUGAAAAGGUUUGGAGGCUUAAUAUCCAUGAACCUAUCAUCUGGUCAUUUGUUGAUUUCUACAACAAUCUCCAGCUUGAUCGUCUCCCCCAAAGCUCUAGUGUCACACAAGUUGAUCCAGAGAUACGUGUAGAGCUAAUAGAUGUUUCAGAAAUAAGACUGAAGUUGUCAUUAGAGACAGCCCCAGCUCAGAGACCACAUGGGGUCCUAGGUGUAUGGAGUCCCGUUCUGUCUGCUGUUGGCAAUGCAUUUAAAAUUCAGGUUCAUCUGAGGAGGGUGAUGCACGCAGACAGAUUCAUGCGAAAGAGCUCCAUCGUCCCUGCCAUUGGAAACCGAAUUUGGAGAGAUCUGAUCCAUAAUCCUUUGCAUCUAUUGUUCUCAGUAGAUGUACUUGGAAUGACAAGUUCAACACUGGCUUCUCUUAGUAAAGGGUUUGCUGAACUUUCAACUGAUGGACAGUUUCUGCAAUUACGCUCUAAGCAGGUGCGAUCAAGGAGAAUCACUGGAGUAGGCGAUGGAAUUAUUCAAGGAACAGAAGCUUUGGCACAGGGUGUUGCCUUUGGGUUCUCUGGAGUUGUGACAAAGCCUGUGGAGAGUGCCAGACAAAAUGGUCUCUUAGGCCUUGCUCAUGGGCUUGGGCGUGCAUUCUUAGGAUUUAUUGUACAACCAGUUAGUGGGGCUUUAGAUUUUUUCUCUUUAACGGUUGACGGGAUUGGUGCAAGUUGUUCCAAAUGCUUAGAGGUUCUCAAUAACAAGUCAUCCUCCCAGAGAAUUAGAAACCCUCGGGCUAUUCAUGCUGAUUGUAUACUCAGGGAAUAUUCUGAGAGAGAAGCUGUUGGACAGAUGACACUUUAUCUUGCAGAAGCAAGUCGACGUUUUGGCUGCACCGAGAUAUUUAAAGAGCCCUCAAAAUUUGCAUGCUCUGAUAAUUUUGAAGAAUUUUUUGUUGUGCCUUAUCAAAGGACUGUGUUAAUAAGCAACAAACGGGUCAUGCUGCUGCAGUGCCCGGACUUAGACAAGGUGGACAAGAAACCUUCUAAGAUCAUGUGGGAUGUGCCAUGGGAAGAGCUCAUGGCCCUGGAGCUGGCAAAAGCAGGCUGCCGCCAACCUUCCCACUUACUUCUCCAUCUCAAGAAUUUUAAAAGAUCAGAAAAUUUUAUUCGGGUGAUAAAAUGCAAUGUUGCGGAAGAGUCAGAGGACAGCGAACCUCUAGCAGUUAGGAUAUGUUUUGUGGUUCGUAGGGUGUGGAAAGAGUACCAGUCUGAUAUGAAAAGCAUAAUGCUAAAGGUUCCUUCAAGUCAGAGACAUGUCUACUUUUCUUCAAGUGAAGCUGAUGGGGGAGAACCACGUAUUCCUAGUAAAGCAAUUAUCGAGUCAAGAGAUCUCUCUUCAUCAAGUAGUACAUCAGCCGAAGAGAAAUUCGUUAAACAUGGUAUGAAUUUUUUGAAGAUUUGGAGCAGUGAACGAGAAUCUAAAGGUCGAUGCAAAUUGUGCAAGAACCAGGUUGUGGAGGAUGAUAGCAUAUGUAGCAUAUGGAGACCCAUUUGUCCAAACGGGUACAUUUCCAUUGGGGAUAUAGCUCAUGUCGGUAGCCAUCCUCCGAAUGUUGCUGCUCUUUAUCGUAAAAUUGAUGGGUUGUUUGCACUUCCAAUGGGCUAUGAUUUGGUAUGGAGGAAUUGCUCGGAUGACUACAAAGCUCCAGUGUCAAUUUGGCAUCCAAGGGCUCCUGAGGGAUUCGUGUCUCCUGGAUGUGUAGCUGUGGCUGGUUUCGAGGAGCCAGAACCCAGCUUAGUACGGUGUGUAGCAGAAUCACAGGUGGAGCAAACAGAAUUCGAAGAGCAAAAGAUUUGGUCAGCGCCAGAUUCGUACCCGUGGGCUUGUCAUAUUUAUCAAGUGAAAAGUGAUGCUCUUCACUUUGCUGCUCUAAGGCAAGUGAAAGAAGAAUCUAACUGGAAGCCGGUGAGGGUUCUUGAUGAUUCUCAGCCCCUGUUACAGUCCAUGGAAGCUCAAUAGGAAAACCGCUGUAUGUUUUUGUUGAAGUCGGAUUUUGUAAGCAAGAUCACAUGAUAGAGCAAGUAGGCCGAAUAGACUUCGUACAAAAUAGAAUAGUAUAUUUAUAUACAGGAUUUCCGUGUAAUGCUUUCUUUGUAAAGCUCAAUAAAAAUCAUUUGUAAUAAACUUAAUGAUUGAAUUCUGAACAAAUAUUAAAGAAAAUAAGGCCAAUAAACUUAUUUAUUCUA